UAGAUAUAUAUAUAUAUAGAGAGACUCUACUCUAAAGAGUAAAUUUUAGAACGCAAUUGGUGUCAUAGCUUGAAGAAGAAGAGCUUGUUCACUGCUCAGUGCUCAGUCCUCGCUUCUAAAUUGAUCUUUUAGUGCCGCCAAAAAGUAAUUAUUGGAGAAUCUUUAUCCGAACCAGUGAAGGUGUAAAAUUUGCCAACACAUUGUAAAAACUUCUGGUAAUACAACUAAUCUACGGUUUCAUAUGUCUCGAUGCCAUCCUAAUGUGAAACUUGAAAUGGUUGAAAUAAGCAACAAGGAAAACAAAUCAGACUCAAAUGUUGCUGCAGAAUCUUUAACCAAAAGGAGAAAAGUUAUGGAACAAAAUGAAUCCGAUGUAGACGAUGUUGAGAUGAAGGAAAAUUCUCCAGUUUCUUCGACUUCAUCCUUAACAACUGUUUUGUCGAGUCGCUCAGAGACAUCAGUAACGUCAUUACCAAUAAUGAAAAAUAGACAAUCUACUCUUGAUGCUUCGUUUCAAAAUCAAAAAUCAUUUCAAGAUGGUGGAGUAAAAGCUGCUGAGUUUACUAAUAAACUCAUUUUUAUGAUUGCAAAGGAUAAUUUGCCGCUCGCAACAGUGGAAAAAGAAGGAUUUCGAACGUUUGUAAAAACAAUCGCUCCUUUAUACAAGAUUCCUAGCAGGAAAACUAUAACGAGUCUAAUUGAAGAAAAAUACGAAUUUUUAUCUGGAUUGAUAAAAACGCAACUUUCUUCAGUAAACAAUCUGUGCUUAACAACCGAUAUAUGGACAGAUAUUAUAAACACAAAAAGUUUUAUAGGCGUUACGGCCCAUUACAUAGCAGAUGAAGCACAUAAAUCAGUAACUAUUGGUGUUUAACCGAAUUAAAAGAAAGGCAUACUUUUGAAAAUAUAAAAACUUGGCUAUUAGAUUUAAUGCAAGAAUGGAAAAUCAAUCCAGAUAAUAUUUUCAUCGUCGUAUCUGAUAACGCGUCUAAUAUGAAGAAGGCAAUUACGGAAGCAUUUGGUGUUGAAAAACAUUUACCGUGUUUCGCACAUACACUCAAUUUAAUUCCGUCAAAUAUUAUUAAGGAAGACAAUUUGAUUAAUACAGUAUGUAAAAAAGUUAAAACUAUAGUUACAUUUUUUAAGCAUUCCGUAAUUGCUGCGGAUGAACUGAGAGCUCAGUCAAAUCUUAAAUUAAUUCAAAGCGUUAACACAAGAUGGAAUUCAACGUAUGACAUGCUGGAAAGAUUUAUUGAAUUAGCGGAUAUAUUAAGUGGCAUUCUUUUACACUCACCUACAGCACCAGUAAUGCUUACGGCACCUGAAUUGCAAGCCAUCAAAGACUUUGUUCAGUUAUUAAAGCCCUUCAAAGAAGCUACAAAAAUUGCAUGCGAUGAGCAUUAUUUGACCGGCAGUAAAGUUAUUCCAAUUGUCAACACUUUGAAAAACAAAUUGAAAGCGCUUACACUCAAAACUAGCAUAGGUGUACACUUUAGACUUGAAUUAGAAAAACAAUUUUCAAAAAGAUUUCAAAAUAUCGAACUGUGAAGCCAUUAGCAAUAUCUAUGAUAUUAGAUCCCCGUUUCAAAACUUUCCAUUUUUCUGACAAAAUAACGUGCUCUCAAUCGAUCAAUAAAAUUA